AUGGCGUACACGCAAAUCCGCGUCGACCGCCUCAGUAUCAGCUCACAGACUCAGGCCACUCGAAGCCCCUCCUCCGGUAUCGUCGCGUCGCUUCGAAGUUUCGCGUCGAGUAGCGAUCCGACAAGAUUCUCCAAUACGGUCCAUCGACCACAGUCGUCGGUGGCUAGACAGUCAACGGUCAUGGCAGCCGCUGAAGCGACGAAGCGAUCGCGAGAACUGCGGAUCGCGCGAAGCUUCGCCGUAGGGCAAUGGAAUCGCCGCAAAGCGCUGCCGAUUCGGUACCACGGCGGGUGGGUGAUGGCGAAGGUUCCGAUCAAGAUCUUUAUUAUCUACUACGGCUCAUGGUCCUCGUCAGAAGUAAACAUCGUGGAGAAUUUUAUCUACUCGCUCUCCAACAACAACACCACGCCCAAGGACGCCAAGACGGUGUCGGCGUGGCAGUGGUGGCAGAUCGCCACGUGGUACACCAUGAAGCGGAAUGGCCAGACCGUGUCCGUGUCGUCGCAGGUCCAGUUCCGCAAGCGAGUAUUCGACAAGUAUUCGCUUGGAAGAGUGAUCAAAGACGACUUGGGGGGCGUCUGGCAAAUAAUCGACCAACAGCUGCGCACGCGGGCCCUUCCCAUCGACAGCUCGGCGCAGUACCUCGUGCUGACGAGUGCUGACGUGGCGCUGGGCGACCGCGAGAAGGGGUUCUGCGGGCGGUCGGGCUACUGCGGGUUCCACUCGUUUGCUACAGAUGGCGUGAGCUAUAUCAAAUACGGCUUUGUGGGGAAUGGCGAGAAGUGCGGCACGAGAUGCAUGCGCACAGGAGGCAGCAAGAAAACGCCCAACGGCAAGCGGGGAGUGGAUGGGAUGAUCAGCAUCGUGGCUCAUGAGGUGGUGGAAACGGCCAACAACCCGCGCAUACAGGGAGGUUGGUACGAUGCACUGGGAGCAGAGAGCAGCGACAAGUGCAUGACGGAUUUCGGGCCCUCGGUAGCUGUGGGAGGGGCGUCAGCGGUGGUGGGGGGGGGUGGGUACAGCUACAACAUGGGGUUUGAUGUGGUGCUGACUGGUUCCUCGUGGCGCGGUACUGAGGGGUUGGACGCAGUGCUGAUGCAACGCGGGAUCUUGGUGUCAGACGUGCUGACAGUGGGAUUCAAGCUAUUGGUGGCGGCGUGGGGCUGUGCUGCUGAUAUGUAA